UUCAUUUUCAUGUUUCUGAACGCAUUUCACCACUCCUUGUGUUUUAUUUUGGUCUGAAGUUCUAGUUUGAUUAAAUUUAUUCUCAUUUCUGUUAUAAUGAAUGAGUAACUCAUAAUUAUGUGUCAUUCGUGUAAGAGACUAACAAUGCAGUGUGUGUUACAAUUCGAACAAUAAUAUAACUAAGAUGAGACAAGACACGUGAAUCAUGUCGGGCGGCAACGCGUCCAAAAACAAGGCGCGCUCCUCCAAGAGGCAGGAAGGCUGGGAGGAAGCAGGAGGGGAAUUCUAUCAGGAACUAUAUCCUGGAGGUGAACAGGAGCUGUUUGAGAACCUCCAGCGAGCUGAUGCAGCCAAACUCGCGACUCUACUGCCCUCCAAACAAGCUAGGAAUACGACUACAGUGAAGCGCGGUAAGUCACAAAAUGAGAGGCGGCAGUCGACGUUCGCGCGCACCACACAGAGCAGGGACAUACAUCUCUCCAUGUUACCCGACCUAUCAGAAAACCUGUCAAAUGAGGAGCGUAGUUGGGAAGAAAUCAUGCAGAUCAAAGCAAUGCCGUUACCAAUGGGACAGAAGAGAGAAAUAAAGGCAAGGCUUCAGAAUGCGACGAAACUUCGUUUACAAGGUCUUGAACAAUUUCAAUGGAGGCAAAGGAAAGUGUGGCACAGAUUUAGAAAGAGAUUUGCCGAAAUAUUGGGCAAAUUGGAACUCUGGCAAUCUCCGAUGCGCGUCAUCGAAGGGAAAUUCGGCACCGGAGUUGUCUCAUACUUUCUCUUCUUAAGAUUUCUUUUCUUCUUAAAUAUAGCUCUAUCUCUCUUCAUAAUACUCUUUCUAAUCCUCCCAAAUUCUAUGAUACAAGAUGUUUGUGAAGAUUGUGAUGAUAAUUCCACUUUAUGUUGUUCUUUUGACAACAUAACCUCAAAUAACGUAAUCUUAGAUUUAAUUCAAGGUACAGGUUGGAUGGAACUAACGAUGUUAUUCUAUGGUGUUUAUAGCGAUAAAAUAUAUGUUUAUAAUCUACCUAAUUUAUGGGAGGCAGAUAUGUUUUAUAAUAUGCCUUUAGCAUACAUUUUAGUACCAAUAGCUUGGGCUUUAUUAUCAUUAGUCGCUAUAGUGAAAACAGGGGCUAAAGGUUUUAAAGAAAAACUAGUUGAAAAUGAAGGACAAUUUUAUUUAUAUUGCAAUCUUGUCUUUGGUGGUUGGGAUUUCUGUGUACAUAAUGCUAAAUCAGCUAAAAUUAAACAUAAAGCUUUAUUCAACGAGAUAAAAGGUUGUUUGCAAGAAGAAAGAUAUAAAGAGGAAAAACAAUCAAGAACCAGAGAAGGUACAAUUCUUCUGCAUUUAAGAAGAAUUGUCAUCAAUUUAUUCGUUAUUAUAAUCCUGAUAAUAUCUGGUGUAGUUAUUUAUAAAACUUUUAGUUAUUCGACGGAAACGUUAUAUCAAUAUACGGAAGAAUUGAAUAAAACUUUACCAGACAUCAUUUAUGAGAACUCUUUAAAUCAAAUCGAAAGUAUUAUAUUAGAGUUCUUACCUUACAUAUGUAUUGUGGUACUUAAUUUAUUUGUACCAGAAAUAUUUGGGUAUUUAAUAAACUACGAAAAUUAUAAACCACGACAUGUCAUAUUGAUAACACUUCUGAGAACAGUUUUACUAAGAUUAGCGUCUUUAGCGGUUCUACUAAGUCAGAUUUAUAUGCAAAUUAGUGGUCUAGUAGAAUCUGAUAUACGAUUUAAUUGUUGGGAAACUUAUGUUGGUCAAAUAUUUUAUAAAUUGGUGUUAACAGAUUUUGCGAUACAAUUUAUAAUGACAUUUUUCUUAAAUCUACCACGAGCUUUUAUAGGUAGACAUUCAAAUAGCAGAUGUCUAAGAAGUAUGGGUACUCAAAAUUUCUAUUUACCUAAACAUGUCUUAGACAUUGUCUAUAUCCAAACAAUAAUCUGGAUGGGUACAUUCUUCUGUCCCUUUCUACCUAUCAUCGGAACUAUCUUCUACUUCCUUCUUUUUUAUAUAAAGAAGUUUAAUUGCUUGAUCAAUUGUACACCUUCACCUAUAUUAUAUAGGGCUUCGAAAUCAAAAUCAUUGUUCAUGUCAGUGUUGUUACUCGGUUUUGUGAUAUCGAUAGGACCAGUGGCAUAUUCAAUAGCUGAAAUGACACCAUCAUCAAAUUGCGGUCCAUUCAAAGCGUAUGGAACUGUAUGGGACUUUGUUAUAACUACAUUUAAUAUGUUCCCACCUAUUGUUAGAGAGAUUGUGUUUUUAAUCGGGACUUCGACAUUUGCGGUACCUGCGUUUGCGAUUUCUCUAUUCUUGUUAUACUAUUACUGGGCUGUGGCAACUGCUAAUAGACAUAUGGUGUCAGUUUUAAGAAAUCAACUUGUUUUAGAAGGGCACGAUAAGCAAUUCCUGUUGAAUAGACUCAGUGCGUUUAUAAGACAACAUCAGAAACGAUGUGAAAGACGAAAUAGAGCCAGUUUCGCAGAUGACGAUUCUUCCAUUAGACAGGAAUCUAAGUGAAUCUAAGUUAACUAGUCGUUUAGAUGUUUUAAGUUAGUCUAAGUUACAGGACUUCCGGAUAUUAUGUGUAUAGGGAUUUGGAACUAAAUUAAAUAUAUGCAUAUAUCCAAAAUUGCUUUGUCUAGUUUACUAUAAUCAAGUGUUUGAACCAAUAAUUUUUAUUAUGAAAUACUUAUUUAGUGUCAAACAGGAUGCUCAAAGUUUGUAUGGAUUUGUCUACUUUCCGUACAUCCUGUAUUAUAGAAAUGUACUCAGUAACAAUAGCAGAUUUUGACAGAUAUAAAACAAAAUAUACUCAGUAAAAAGCUUGCAAAAAAUCGUAAAAUAAUUUAUCGAUAUUUUUUUUAACAUCCCUAGAGUUCAGUUUCUUGAUUAUGGCUCUCCCUCAGCGGUCAACCAGUGUGGAGUGUUUAAAGUUUUAUUCAUGUAUUAAAGAGACUGGCAACACUCUGCUUAUGGAUAAGGUCCCUAGUUAGUGACAUCUGUCAAAAUGAUUUUUUAUAUGUAUGUUUAUUCACAAUGUUAUUAUUUCUGAAUAG